CUGCAGUCGCUCCUGGCAGGCCGGGGGUUGGCUGCCAGACCACCAAGGACCAGGAGGCUGCGUGCAAAUAUUCGCAAGCUGCUCCUCCCAAACUUACAGAAGAGCGCGAGCUACUGACCAACGAGGAGACAGUCCUACCUGAGACAAAAAGAAAUGAAGAUAUUUUGAAAAACAGGUUUUUAACAGUUCAAACAGAAAAAGCGCAGAUUAAACCAGGAGAAAAAAUCUUAAACGUGAAUAAUUUUUUAGUUCUUUUUUUCUGGGACGAAAGGUGUCAAGGAUAGAAACAGCGUCACGUGCUUUGUGUUUUCUUCCUUUCUUUUUGACCUUUCACAAACUGCGUCGCGUGCGAUACGACAAACGCCUGUGCAGGUGAAAAGAUACCGCGGCAAGCAUGACAAGCACAGGGACGGACAAGACAAGACAGUAGUUGUGCUGAUAGACUCACUGAAUCAAAUACUGCACAGCGCCUCGACACUGUGCCAGCCACACCGCCAGUGCCGUCAGCCACGAACGUCUCGUGCGUUCCCACCACCACCAACAUCCAUGACAACCAGAACAGAUGCCAGUGGCUUUCCCCAGCCAAGCAUCCGCAGGACCGUCGUUGCCGAGGCUGGCUUUGCUGUUCCUCUGGUCCGUGGCGAUGGCAGGCCUGUCCCUGGACUCUCGAAAUUGCGGCGAAAGAACAAAGCGACCUGUUCGAUAUAUUGUGUGAAUAUGAUUAUCGUACCCUGUCUGGCACUGGCCCACAGUCUGGUGGUGGCUUUGGGACAGCCACAGCUUGCCGCCGACACCAGUGCCCUGUCCUGCCCUGCAAAGUGUCUGUGCACGGAGGUGGGGGCCGAACUGAGGGUGGACUGCUCUGGUCAGAACCUGACAGAAGUACCCCGAGAAAUCAACCCUCGCGUCAGACACCUCGACCUAAGCAUGAACAACAUCAGUCUCCUUCCUGAGGAUGCGUUUGCCCGUCUGACACUUCUACAGGAUCUACGACUGGCCAGCAACGCACUGAGUGACCUCCCCAGACACGUCUUCCGGCACAACGGCGACCUGGAAACACUGUAUUUGCAAGGCAAUCAGUUUCAAUCUGUACCCCGAGCUGCUCUUCAGAAUUUACAGCGACUCCAACAGCUGCAUCUGGACGCCAACAGAAUUCAGACAGUUCCAGAUGGGUGUUUCAAGAAUAUGCACAGCCUCAAACAGCUGUGGCUGGACUUCAACAACCUGACUGAAGUGCCAACCAUAGCCCUGUCCUCCCUGAUCAACCUUGAAGCUUUGACAUUAGCUCUGAACCGAAUAACCCUCGUCCCUGACUUUGCUUUCAGCAACAUGACAAGCCUUAUUGUUUUGCUGCUUCAUGAAAACAAGAUUCGGGACAUCAAGGAUUACGCCUUUAGAGGACUCAAGUCUUUGAAAAUCCUAGAGCUGAACAAGAACAGGUUGCGACAAGUACCACCGGCACUUGACUCUCUGGAGAACUUGGUGGAGCUGAAUCUCGAGGAGAACGAGAUUUCCCAUAUUGCUGACGGUGCUUUUCGCAACAACCGAAAGUUGUCACUGCUGCAGCUCAACAAGAAUCCAAUUAGAAGCUUCGGUUCCAGGGCCUUCAGCAACUUACCAUUCUUGGACAAAAUCGCCCUGUCUGAAGUACAGGACCUGUUCUUUUUUCCUGACCUGACGGGUACAACCAACCUGACACACAUUCGUCUGGACCGUGCCUCCAUCAAGCACAUACCACCCGGACUUUGUCGGAACAUUCGCUCCCUCAGAGUCUUUAACCUUGGCAACAACCGUAUCACAUCUUUGGAGGGGCGUCCAUUCCAGGGACUUUCUGAACUACGGGAUCUGACCGUCAGCUUCAACUACGUCUCUCACGUCCCUGCUGACGCCUUCAUCGGCCUCACUAAGCUGCAGUAUCUGGACCUUGGUCACAACCAGAUCAACACAAUACACCCCUCGGCUUUUUUGCCACUGUCCCUGCUUGAAGAUCUUAACCUCGGUGAAAACCGCCUGAGUUCUGUGCCAACCCAAGGGCUGCAAUCUGUGCAGAAGCUGAAGACGUUCGGCAACCCAGAUCUUCGCGACUUUCCGCCCAAAGAGUCCUUCCCCAAGGUGUACGACCUCACGCUGUCCUACGCCUACCACUGCUGUGACUUCAUCCAGGCGGAAAAGACGGACACCAUCGAGAUGGUAGAUGAGCAGAUAGUGUGGCUGGGCAACGACACGGGGUUACGAUGGAGGGAACAUUACAACAACCUCACCGACUUCUGGGAAACACACCUGGAAAAUCACACGGAGGUCCUGUGGGAUGACAUACAGAACAACGAUUACAACCCCGGGCAGUACGACCUGCCGAAGGAGGCGGAGAUCUACCUGGAGGACUACCUACCUGACGACAACGUCCAUGUGCACAACCUGGUGCUGGCUAAGACCCCCAUCACGUGCAAACCUAAGCCAGGUCCGUUUAUGCCCUGCGAUGACCUCUUCGGCUGGUGGUCGCUGCGCUGUGGAGUCUGGUUCGUCUUCAUGCUUGCGUUGCUAGGUAACGCGGUGGUUCUGUUCGUGUCUGUGACAUCGAAAUCCAAGAUGGACGUCCCUCGCUUCCUCAUCUGCAACUUGGCAUGCGCGGAUUUCUUCAUGGGUGUGUACCUCGGCAUCCUUGCCAUCGUUGAUGCAUCCACCUUGGGUGAAUUCCGCAAGCACGCCAUCCCUUGGCAGCUGAGCUGCGGCUGUCUGGUGGCCGGCUUUCUGGGAGUCCUGUCCUCGGAGCUGAGUGUCUUCACAUUGACUGUCAUCACACUCGAGCGCUUCUACGCCAUCACCAACGCCAUGCAGCUGAACAAGCGGAUGUCCCUCAGACAAGCAGGCUUCAUCAUGAUGGGUGGAUGGGUUUGCCAUUUUUUGGCCAGUCUUCCGUUAUUCGGAAUAAGCGACUACCGCAAGUUUGCUGUGUGUCUGCCAUUUGAAGUUGAGGACACUAUAUCAAAAAGUUACGUGUGCUUCAUCAUGAUCUUCAACGGCCUGUCCUUCUGCGUCAUCCUGGCUUGCUACCUGGCCAUGUACCUGAGCAUCCGCCACUCGCAGGCCUGGAACUCCAACGAUACCCGGGUGGCCAAACGCAUGGCUUUGCUGGUCUUCACUGACUUCCUCUGUUGGGCGCCAAUCGCCCUCCUGUCUCUCGCCGCCUCCUUCGGCAAAAACCUCAUUGAUCUGAGUGAGGCAAAGGUCCUGACGAUCUUCGUGCUGCCCCUCAACUCGUGCGCCAACCCCUUCCUGUACGCCAUCUUCACCAAGCAGUUCAAGCGUGACUGCGUGCUGCUGUGCCGGAGGUUGGAGGACACGUCCCUGGCGCGUCACUUCUCGCGGGUAUCGUACCGCCACGUCAGCGUAGCCUGGGGAUCCGUGCGCCUGCCCUCGCCGCUGCGGUCGCUGGUGGCCGUCGACAAGGCUGACAACUGCUCGCACUCCGUGUCGGGUGGUGCGUGCAGCUUCGGCAACAACCUCAGCGGCAGCGGCGCCGGGUACCAGAGCGACCCGGACUCUGGGAAGGGGUCACUGGAGUACGAAAAAGCCACCCCGGAGGUUGCCAGCCAGCACGACCUGUCCCAGCCCACGCGCUUCAGCGAGCAGGACCAUCAGGGAGGGUCGGAGCGGAGUCAAGGUCGGCAGUUGGACCACGACGUCACCAACGCCUACAAUGACGUGCUGACGCGCUGCGGGGGUGGUAGAAUCGAUGCUAGCGAGCGGUGCGGGUGCUGCGGCUGCAGACGCAAGUACAGUGAUCUCCUUCACUUUCACCAGCGCCCGAUGCAGCGCGGCAACAAGUCCAGCUGCACGACGGAGACCUUCCUCCCUGGACACUGAGUCAGACGGUGACGUCAAAGGCCCACAACAACCUCACCACCACCAUCACCAUCGCCACCACCCCAACAGCCUCAACCUUCACCACAGCUACAGCAAGUCCGGCAACAACAGUGUCGGCAGCGACGACAGCGCACGAGGGCGGCGCCACGACAGGCGCAUCAGCAUCGAGGUGGAGGAGGAUGGUGAUGAGGACCGCGAUAACUGCUGCUACCCAGAGACCAAUGGAGACAAAUGUAGCAGUUGUGGUGGUCGUUGCAGUGACGGAAAUAGGUGGCGCUUCGCCGACAAACGGCUGCGCGUGAAAAGCGAGAUCGUACUGCCGGUGGUGUCGUUCAGUGGCUGCGACGACAGGGUCGACAUCCACGAGCCGCACAGCUGCUGCGUAUCGGCGUCGUCGCGAGCUGCUUCAGCAGCAGGCAGGCGUGGAGGCGGAGGAGGUUUCAGCUGCUGCAGCAGCACCAAUUCGUCCCCUGUGGAGACCUACCGGUGGUGCGGCGACCUGUCGGACCACGCCCUGUCGAUGUUGUCGGCGACGUGCCAUGCAGGGGAGGGGGUCGUGCUGCACAAACACCCCCACGCUCCCUCUUUCUGUGAUUACGGCCGUGCGGAGCUGCGCGACACGAGUACGGACAAACGUGACGACAACGACAGCGGCAACGACGGUGAGGGUGAGGCGGACAGCGAAGGACCCGACGCCAGCGACGGCAGCGACAGCGACCUAGACGCUGGUGACGUAGCUCUGCUGGCAGAACGUCACGGUGCCAGCGGGUCCUGUGUGGAGGCGGAUGUAGAGAGAGGGAGCAGUGCAGCUGCCCACCCAGCCUCACCUUCUCGCAGCUCCGCGGACACAACCGAUCGCCUCCGCACCUUCGUAGACUCUGAAACCGAUCUCGUCGCAGACACGUGUCUCCCCGGUUCGUCGGUGGACCUUACCUGCGCCUCCCAGACUCACCUGUCUGUGCCCCUUGUCGGUUGUCGUCGGCUUCUAGCGAGGCAGGAGGAACAGCACCUGAGGAUCCACGGCGCUGCCAAAAGCACACCUUACACCUGCGAUGAUGAAAAUGAAGAAGAGGAAGAGGACGAUGAGGACGAUCCAGACAUCCAGCCUUUGGAAGAACUAGACUGUUACCUAGGCAACAAACACCUCGGUAACAGAGCUCUGAUUUGUGACCGGACCAGAGCAGAACGGGAGGAAGUGUGUGGGCUGCUGAUGGACCCUGCUGAGGAGGAGCAAACUACGGGCGACAGGCAGGCGGGGACAAUCAAGAAAGACAAUAUCUACGACAGUGACAGUGGAGGCAGCUCGUAACACUGCGUUCACAAAAAAGCUCACAACUGUUUGUUUUCCUUUCUUCUUCCCUUUCGAAUAACUCUGACAUUUCUGGGUUUAAAAUAAAUCAAACAUUAUGUGUUGAGAAAUUUAUCCCAGAAAAUUUUAUAAAUCGAUCCUCUGCAAUUUUUUUCGGAAUCCAAAUUUACAGCUGAAAUCUUUUCGAAGAUGGAGAACUGAGAAGUUUGACGGACAAACAGCUAUUCGUGCUUACGUGGUACUAACCGGAUGACCAACUGACUGGUCUCGCUGCACGUUUCUAUUUUCUGUUUGUGAAAUGUGAAAAAAGGAUAUUUUUUAAUUUGAUGCUGGGGUCCAAUAACACGACUUCAUUCAACAUUAUUCAAUAUUCCCGCGCCUUAUUCGGUUCAUGAUGAAAAUAUAUGUACGCACAAAGCGGAGACAAUCAUGUUUCUCCAAAACUAUUUUUAGCGAGGGUUAUUUUUAGUGCAUUACAGCCACGCGGCGUUGUUUGUUUACAGUGAGCACAAAUGCCUCAUCAAAUAUUUUGUUGCCAGUUUCUAAAUAUUCUCAUGUCUACGGUUGUCAGUGCCUGGAAAUGAUUCAAAAUGUACCUGCGUGUGUGUGUGAGAGAGAGAGAAGAAAAAAAAAUUCCUUUGCUAGUGUACAUAGCUUUGUUGACAAGUUUGUUGUCGUUAAUUCCUAACCUAACCUUCAAGGGUUUAAAAACUGUAUGUCACAAAAAACUUUACAAUCUGCGCAGUACAAAGGUUGUAGAAAAUUAGAGUACUAAAGGCACUUGCCGCCACUCUCCAGCCACCGCUCUCUGAAGCCACAAAGAGACUUGAAGUCUUUAAAGACUUGGCAGCACGAGCGUUUCUCUGUCCUGUCCAUACAUUACAGUGUUAAGUUGCAUACAAAUGCAUAAUACAUUAUAAUACCUAUAAAUAUUGCAAGGUUAACGGUUCUAGCGAUGCUUUAACCUUUUCUACUUUACAAGAGAUAGAGGCGAAUGAGUGUUUCUUAUCUGAGAUCACGUGCAUAAACUAGCAUUGGGGAAGUGCAUUUAAAGGACUGGAACUCGAAACACGGCAAACUUUCCAAAGUCGAUUGAGCUGUUCGAAAAAAAGUGGGUACCUGGUUCUGUAGAGAGUUUGGGAAGGAGGGGCCAUGGGCACCGUCAACAACCCAGUAUGGGAAUCUUUAUACUUACUGAGCAUGCUGUACAGCAGGGGAGGGCAAUUAAUUUUCCCAAGGGGCCGCAUGAGAAAUUGGGAUGGUUCUAGAGGGCCGGACUAAUACAGUUAACUCAGUUUUACCCAAUACUGUAUAUAUAGUAUAUAUACUGGCGGGCGGGCCAUCGGGCUGGCCGGUCAGACAGGAGGCGCGCUGGAUGCGGCCCGCGGGCCGCCCCUUGCCCAGGUCUGCUGUACAGUCUUGCGAUGCUUACCCUUGUGAUUACUUUAUACUGGGUAUUCAUCCCCGUGCUUACUGUACAGUCCUGCGAUGUUUCUAUAGCAACAAGUGGCGAGAUUUCUUACUAUUCCGAAACUUUAUUAAUUCAGUAGCCUGAUUUUAUUAGGCUUUUCACAUUUCAGCCUCUUAUCCACUUUCAGGUCUUCAAAAGAUUUUUGGUACUUUUAUAAUACUGAAAAGCAUCAUACGCGUAAAUGUUAACAAGGAAGUUAUAUAUAUAAUGUAAAAUGUUGUUAUCGUAUUGAAACAAACUGAAUUCGGAUGCUAAAACUUCUUUAUUAACGUUGUUUCUGCGUCUACAGACAAAGUAAUGAGUGUCAUGUGACAGAGGUAGAAUACUUGGGUGCCUUCGUAAUGUAACCGAUAACGGGUAACAUUUUGGGAGCAUCGGUCUCCCGACAUUGUUGACUGACUGGUGUGCGUGGGGUAAAUACCGGUUAAGGCCCGGUAACAGGGCAAAUGUUUUAACAUUUGAUAAGUUUAGCAAAUUUGUGUGUAGAGAUCUCCGAUGGUUUUAGGGUGAACGUUCGGGACAUUGGAAUAUUAACAUGUUGAAGCAAGUUUAAAUUUGUAUACAAAUACAUUGGACAAAAUAUGAUAGGGAUUGUGGCACUUUAGGACUUUUUGACUUUAGGAGGUUGGACUCUUCGGUUAAGGCCGGAGGAUCUUGCUGAGAUGUAGACUGGACAGUGGUUGCCGAGGAGAAAAGAACAAGAUCUUGCAACAGAAGCGAGUUUCAUAGAAACAAAGAUUGGAUGAGGAUUCGUUUCUUGAUUCUAGUCCAAAACAUCCAAUCACGAUGACUCCGAGUUCACUAUUUUUUCAAGCCCCAACUAUGACAGCUAUGAGUAUACAGUAUCAGACCUCGUCAAUCCGACACUUCUUUGUCGCAAAACUGUUUCCUCUAAGUUAUUGAGAGUGACUGACGAUGGAACUACUGUUUUUGUCACACCUGAUGUUGUGUUAUAUCACCGAUGUGCACGUGCCACCCUCGUCUAUCACACAACACUUGUGUUAGUCGUAGGAUAGCAAGAUGAAGGUUCGGGCCUGUACAAGUUGAGCGAUCCACGUGAGCCAAAGAAAACGGAAGUGCCUGUUGAUGUUGAUCCACGUGGGCCUUGGAUAGAUUGAAGAGCGAGUGUUCUGCUCAGCAAACAUAAGAGUUCGACAUCACAUUCACAUAGCAGACAUCACGGAACAGCGCCACUUGGGUCACAAGGUCCAAACAGGCGUUCCCUUACCAUUUCUUACCCGGGAAAUGUCACUGAUUACAGGCAAAACACGUGAUCAUGCGACCACAGGUGAUCUGAAGCUAGAAAGGAAACUAAAGAAACGC